AUGGACAGAGUCCGGGCCAUGUUUCGUCCCAAACCGGACUACGAGCCUUUGCAUAACGAUGGAGAAAGAGAUGAUGAGAGCGUGCAAGACGAUCUGGAUGGUGACGGCACUGCGGCAGAGUCACCUUUCUCCUGGGUGGAAUACUCCAUCUUUCUGUUACUAGGGAUUGCCAUGUUGUGGGCAUGGAACAUGUUUCUCGCCGCCGCUCCCUACUUCCAACACCGAUUUCGAAGCAGCAACUGGAUCUUCAAUCAUUUCCAAGCGGCUGAAAUAUCAGUGUCAACCGUCACUAAUCUGACCUCGAUGCUUAUCUUGACCAAACUCCAGAAGGGAGCCUCGUACCCGAAGCGGAUAUCGUCCUCCCUAAUCAUCAAUACGGUCGUCUUUGCCAUUCUGGCACUGUCCACCUUGAUACAUGCCAGCGCAGGCGUCUACUUUGGCUUCCUCCUCGUGGCCAUCUUCUUCGCGAGCUUCUCGACCGGCUUAAUCCAGAAUGGAUUGUUUUCGUUCGCAUCGGGUUUUGGAAGGAGUGAAUACACACAAGCGAUCAUGACUGGUCAAGCAGUGGCAGGAGUGCUUCCGGUGGUCGCACAGAUUGUCUCGGUGGCAGCCUUCCCCGCCAAGGAGUCAGAAGAAACACCCACUUCCGCACUGGUCUACUUUUUGACCGCGACGGGCAUUUCAAUUUUCUCGCUGUUGGCCUUCUUCUAUCUGUUGAGACGGCACGCUCAUCACGAGAGCCUCAAGGCAGUGAAGAGGACCACACUACAUGGUUCAUCGGAGGGCGAUGCUUUGACCGGCAAUGUCAGACUUUCAGGCACGCAAGAAGACAGCGAUGCGAACGAUCGACCAUCUGUCCCUCUUACAACACUAUUCAUGCGGAUGCCGUUCCUUGCUGCUGCCGUGUUCGUCUGUUUUGCUGUCACGAUGAUAUUCCCAGUCUUCUCUGUCUCCAUUCAAUCAGUCAGUGGGGUUGCACCGGCAAUUUUCAUACCCACAGCUUUCCUACUAUGGAAUGUUGGAGACUUGGUCGGACGACUGUCGACAUUGUGGAAACCCAUUUCACUAACACAUUAUCCGUUCGCUCUGUUCUGCCUAUCAAUGGCCAGACUACUAUUCAUCCCACUUUACUUCCUGUGCAACAUUAAAGGGAAAGGAGCCGCCAUCAACAGCGACUUGUUCUAUUUAGUGAUUGUGCAGUUUCUUUUUGGACUAACGAAUGGGUAUCUGGGCAGUGAGUGUAUGAUGGGGGCUGGCGAAUGGGUUCUUGCUGAGGAGCGAGAAGCAGCUGGUGGAUUCAUGGGAUUGAUGCUGGUUGGAGGUCUCACGGUAGGCAGUUUGCUCAGCUUUUUAUUGGGAAAUAUAUAA